AUGAAUAAUUUAUAUUGUGAAUCUAUUGAAAGUAAUUGCGAGUCAGUUUCAUCAAUUGAAGAAUGUUGUCAAAAGGUGAAACAAGAAGUCACUACAUGUCCUAUGAAAGCUUGUCUCAAACCAGGAUGUUCUCAACGAAUGCCAUGCAUUUGUUGUGUUAGAAAAGGAUGUCGACCUGUGCUGCAAUGCAAAAGGAAUUGUUUGAAUGAAAAAGCAUGUUGUGGUCCAUUUUCUUCAAAAGAAUCUGAUGAACACACGAGAUUAAGAGCACGAUCAGAAUUGAGAAGUCGAUGUUCGAAAGACGAGUGUGCAAAUGUGAAUAAGAACAACUCAAAAUGUAUAAAAAGGUCACUUUCUUCUAGUUUGGUAUGUGAAGAUAUGUGCUGUGAACGGAAGCAGGAAAAAGAAAUGCCUAAAAGAAAUUGUCAGAAAGCAUGUCUUAAACAAAAUUAUGAAGAUGAAGAGUCUUGUAGUUCCAAUGAAAUUGACUUCAUAAAUAAUCCUUGCAUAGUAACUUGUAAAAGCAAGAAUAAAUGUAAUAAUUCACCGAAACCACCAUGUAAAAGAUCAGAAAAAAGAUGCACAAAGCAAGUUUCAAAUUGUUGUGAAAAUGAAAAUGAAAAUUGUCAGAAACAAAGAAAGUCAAAAUGUUCUGCGAAUCCUUGCGAUAAUUCAGAAUCAAAUCAUAAUGUACGAGAUCGACAGAAAGUAACUUUUGACAGUGAUUGCGAGUCGAUUCCUACAACAAAUUGUCGACCGCCAACUCCAGUAAAAUGCAAGGAAGCUUGUCCUGAAAGUGAAAAAAAGAAAGAUUCGGUUCCAUCAUGCAAUUGCAUUGUUUGCGUGUUUCGUGAUAAUUUGAGUGGAUAUCAUAAUGGACCUUCUUCUUGUGACUUACCACCUGAACAAAUAAACACGAUGCCAAAUUAUUGGAUGGUUGAAGAACCCCAAAUGUUGCCCCAAGUUUGUUUUCCUUGUGCAAAACCUUGCCCAAAUCCCACAAUUUAUCAACAUUCUUACUCACCACCUUGUCGUGGGAAUCCUAAAACGCAAUUUUAA